AUGAUGACUUUUGAUAGUGAAGUUGAGUUGAUGAAAGUUGCCAGGGCACAUCCAAAGGCCAAGUUGGUUUUGCGGGUUGACACUGAUGAUUCCAAAGCAGUCUGUCACCUCAGUGUCAAAUUUGGUGCCACACUCAAAACCAGCAGGCUUCUUUUGGAACGGGCGAAAGAGCUAGAUAUUGAUGUCAUUGGUGUCAGCUUCCACGUGGGAGGUGGUUGUACUGAUCUGGAGACCUUCGUGCAGGCCAUCUCUGAUGCCCACUGUGUCUUUGACAUGGGAGCUGAGGUUGGUUUCGACAUGUAUCUGCUUGAUACUGGUGGUGGCUUUCCUGUAUCUGAGGAUGUAAAGCUUAAAUUUGAAGAGAUCACCAGUGUAAUCAACCCAGCAUUGGACAAGUAUUUUCCAUCAGACUCUGGAGUGAGAAUGAUAGCUGAGCCAGGCAGAUACUAUGUUGCAUCAGCUUUCAUGCUAGCAGUUAAUAUCAUUGCCAAAAAACUCGUAUUAAAGGAACAGACAGGCUCUGAUGAUGAGUCAAGUGAACAGACAUUUAUGUAUUAUGUGAAUGAUGGAGUAUAUGGAUCAUUCAACUGCAUCCUCUACAAUAAUGCACAUGUGAAGCCUCUUAUGCAGAAGAGACCCAAACCAGAUGAGAAGUAUUAUUCACCCAGCAUCUGGGGACAGACCUGUGAUGGCCUGGAUUGCAAGGUUGAGCACUGUAACUUUCCCAAGAUGCAUGUGGGCGAUUGGAUGCUCUUUGAAAACAUGGGUGCUUACACUGUCGCUGCUGCUUCCACUUGCAAUGGAUUCCAGAGAUCGACCAUCUACUAUGUGAUGUCAGGGCCAACAUGGUAACUGAUGCAGCAAAUCCAGAACCACGAUUUCCCACCCAGCAUAGAGGAGCAGGAUGUUGGCACCGUGCCUGUGUCCUGUGCUUGGGAGAGUGGAAUGAAACGGCACCCAGCAGCCUGUGCUUCAGCUUGUAUUAAUGUGUAGAUACCAUUCUUGUAGCUGUUAACUGCGAG